GACACUGCCAGCCAUAUCAUAGCACAAAAUAAAAACAUUUUCCUUGUUUUUUUGUAUGACUGAAACGGAGAAAUAGAUCUCAAACGCAUUUGUUUUAUUCUUAUUUUGCGAUACUUACAUUGCCAGCGACCAAAAUGCCUGUUUUAUUGCAUUCUGGGGAAACGCAGUGGGCGUCCGCUUUGAAAUUAUCCUGUGUUGCAAUGGUGAUGUUUCUGGCCUGUCCAGUGACGUCCAUGGAUGUGCUGGUGCCGACGCUAAUCAACGCUCUCAACGGGAGUGAUGUCAGAAUCACAUGUACUUUCACCUCAUGCUACAAGCUGGACCCCAGCAAGUUUGCCAUGAACUGGACAUAUCAGGAGACAAGCAACAGCACAGAGGAGAUGUUCAUGACCUAUAAGAACACCUAUAAGAUGAUACCCUUGAAGCCCAGCCGAUUUGGAGAGCGGGUCAUGUUUACUGGAAACCUGGAUAAGAACGACCUUUCCAUCACUAUCUCGGAUGUGCAGCUGACAGACGAGGGCAUCUACAACUGCUAUGUGCGCAACCCUCCAGACCGCAUUCAGGGACAUGGCACCAUCCAGUUUGCUGUCCUGACUGAAUUACCUCCACCGAGAGACUCAACCAUUGCUGUGGCCAUCGGGGCAUCUGUGGGGGGCAUCCUUGCUCUGCUCAUUCUGUCCAUGGUGGUGGUGAAGUGCAUUCGCAGACAUAAGAACCAGGAGCUGAUCUCAGACGAGCAGAAGAUGGAAGAAGAGGGCAAAGUUGAUGGUGAAGGAGGCACAGAAGAAGCAACAAAACAGCCCUAACCCGUCAUGUUAGCCCUGGAGGCCUAACGGAUGGUGGAGCUCCAUGCUUCAUGUUCUGAAAUUUAAGCCUCCUGCCUGAAGAUAUAUAAAUUUGUUUGACCCUUCAUCCUGUUAUGGUCCCAUUCAACACUCCCUGGUUUUUUCGUGUACCGAUCAAACAUGCCAUCAUAGGAAGAUCUCUCUGCCACAGUGCCAUGGUGUCCAGUCAAUGGUGAAAAAUAACAGAGGGUUUUAGGCUGUCUCUUCCACUCAAUAAGGCAGCUUAAAGUGAUAACAACAUCCUAUAGAACUAUUUAUUUGGUCCACCCUUUUUACAAAGCCACUAAAGUAUUUUUUCUGCCACUAGUAGCACUAUAAUAUUAUUAGCCAUCCAGUAUUUCUGCUGAGAAUUUUCUAAAGUAUUGAGUUUUAAAUUAUACAAAAUCCUCCUUACAACUGCCAAAGUGUUUCUUACCCUUAUGGUGUUUAUACGUCUUGAAAGUUUCUUGAGAAAUCACUGCCCUCAACAUCCUCUCAAGUGGAUGCAGAAACAUAUUGUGUGUUUUGUGUGUGCCUUCUUGUUGUGCUAGUUUGCUCCAAUUGAGUCUAAACGUUUAUAUUGUCUACAGUAAGUCCAGUAGGUAUAACAGCAGAUUAUACCUUGAACCUACCAAAAUGGAAGGACCAUCCACCUGUGUUCAAAAUUUGUCAUUUUCUAGUUUACAGUACGUAUUACACCCCCAGAACAUGUACAAUCAUUGCAUGACAAUUACAUUAUACAUAACAAUUGCACAAAAUAAAUCAUUUAUUUGCACAAGCAUUUGGCACAUUCCAGAAAUAGGGUAUACUUUUGUGCCCUAAAGUCUAUCAGAUGUACUUGUUAUUCAACAUAAUUUAAGUCAGAUCAUUUGCUAUAUUGAUUUUCUUAAUUUAGUUAUAAUACAUUUCUUAAUUAAUUCUUAAUGUAAUUAUUCAAAGUAUAUGGGGGAUUUAUGGUCAUCCGUCAUAAGAUGACUCUCUGAGAUGCAUCCAACCAAGGGAUCAAUCUUGAUAUGUGAUUUUGACCACAUUUCUAUUUCUGUAGAACCUGAAAUACUUUUCUCCUGGUACAUUUUCAUGCACUUUUCUUAUGAAAUGUCUACAAAAGAGCAUUGUUUCUUGUAGGUACAAUACUUGCUUCUGGCUACGUUCCUGCACAACCUGAAAUACAUUGCUCCCAAUAUGCUCACUGCAUUUUUCUUUUAAAGCCUCCAAAAGAACAUGCUGUCCUUUGUACGUAUUACCUAUGCCAAACCAUAAUCUAAACGUAACUAAGCAUUAUCUAAAACAAACCUGCUGUAAAACCCCAAUUAUUGUAGCAUCCAUGCCAUUUUAUACUUGGCUUUUAUACUCUUUUGUUACACAAAUAGUACCGCACAAUUUUAUGUGAGCUAAUGAACAAACAACUACAAUCUAGGAAAAAAUAUGUGACAGAACACAUCUGUUUACAAAUCUUAGUCAUGGUUUAAGAGUUUAGCUGUCUUUAUAUAGUAUUGUUAAAAAAAAAAAACUGCAUGAAAAUAUAAUUUGUCAGUGAUACUCUAAUCAUAAUUUGUGGAUGGAAAAAACAUCACGUACCAAGAAUGAGCCUUAGUUGAAGACAUAUUUUCAAGUGAGAUUGAUGACACCCUUUUGAACAGAUACUGCUGUCAAAUGAAGGUGACUAUCCUCUGGUGGAGUCUUAUAUUUUCUGGUUUUGUGGAUCUACUUGCACCUUGAGGCUGGUAAAAUAAGGACCAUCAGGCCCAUUUUUUAAAUCACCAUUUCCACCUCAAGGAGCCAUUGCUGUACCUUAUCCAAACCUGCUGCCACCAUUCCAGCGCACUACUCCCAACUCUCCUAAUGCUAGCAAAGUGGCUGAUUAACUUUAAGGACCCCAAACCAGUUCCCAUGCUUGUUUCUUCCCUCAAACCAGUUCUUCUUCUGUAAAUCCUGCCUGGGGUAUCUGGAAGUCUUAGUCCUGUCUGGAGUCCCUUCUUCUCUUCCGAUCCCAGCCUCUUGUCACUUAUGUGCUCUACCUCCUAGCUCCUCCUUUGCUGCUGGUCCUAUUUAAACUUAACAUUUGUUGUCUCCAAUGGUUCUAAAGGGCACCUAAGCUCAUUAAUUUCUUGACUUGUUUUCUGCUGAUAUCCUUAAGCAGUCCUUUAUUCAGUCACUAUGAGUUAAGUUGUACGACAUUUGGGGAUUUGUUUUGAAGACUAAUCACUCUGAAUCGUAUAAAACAAGCCAAUGAAAUGCCUAUGAAAUUAGUGAGUCCAAUAUGCAUGUGCAGCCAUUCACAUAAUUGGGAUUAUAUAAAAUGCAUUAUGAUGGCCAUGCCUUCCUGGAUGUGGUGGUUUCCUGCCUUCGCAUGAAGGUUGUGGUCUUUGUGCUACAUGUCUGAACCAGCAUGUGGAUGCGGAGCUUGUGAGUUCAUGCCCUCAUAGAGAGAGCAUCCCUAUGGCUUCACUAAGAUUGCAGCCCGUUUUGUGACAAGUGUGAGCCCUCUGGUCCCUCCCUCAUUUGAUGACCUCAAAGAACCGUCAUCGCUAUGUUGGAGGUUGAAGUAUCAUGCUCCAGCAAUAGUUUGGAGUUCUUUCGGCCUCUAGGGUUCCUGUGCCAGAGUCACAUUUUGGGGAUGAUUGUUGUUAUUUCCAGGGUGCAACCAUGUUUAGGCUUCACAUCUUUGUGUCGUGAGCUUGUUUAGGUAAAUGGGAUUUGUGGGGAAUAUAAAAGUGUCUUGGGUUAUAUCCCAUCAAGAUUCUUUACAUUUUGAAUUUCUAUCUUGUACACUGGGAAAUGUGACAUCCACAGCCACGUUCACUGCUCAGGUGCACUGGCUUAGCUGGCCCCAGGGCCUGUGCAAAUAUGCAUUCCCCUCAGUGAGCCUUCUUACACAGACCCAGUGCAAGGUCAGAAAGGAUGAGGAGGAGGUUUUGUUGGUCUGGAGCACUCGGAUAUAGACUACAAACCACACUCCUUGUUUCCACACCUUCCCUCUAAUUUUCCCAAGUCCUUCCUUUUAGAGAUUCCCCCAUCUGGCACCUGCAUCCAGAUCUCUUGAACGUCCACGUGUUGUCUAUAGACAGGAGUGCCUACACCUUGAAGUAAAGUCUAUUUGUUGUUCUGUGUGCUUCUUGCUGGGAUCACCCACAAAACUUGCCCGAUCAGUAAGUUGGAGUGGAGGUGAGCAUAAAUUACGUUGCUGCUGUCUCUGCUCAUCAUGCUGUUUUUGCCGAGAACACCCCAAAAACUUGCCCGAUCAGAAAGUUGGAAUGGAGGGGAGCAUAAAUUACGUUGCUGCUGUCUCUGCUCAUCAUGAUGUUUUUUGCCAAGAACACCACCAAAACUUGCCCGAUCAGAAAGUUGGAGUGGAGGUGAGCAUAAAUUACGUUGCUGCUGUGUCUGCUCAUCAUGCUGUUUCUUGCCGAGAACACCCCCAAAACUUGCCCGAUCAGUAAGUUGGAGUGGAGGUGAGCAUAAAUUACGUUGCUGCUGUCUCUGCUCAUCCUAAUGCUUCUUGCCGAGAACACCCUCAAAACUUGCCCGGUCAGUAAGCUGGAGCGGAGAUGAGCACAUUUUACGUUGCUGCCAUCUCAGUUCAUCAUAAUGCGGUGGAUGGCAGGGUGAUCAGGAAGCAUGCAUGACCUUCUCGCCCGCCGCUCAAACGUUUAAUGCUUAUGCCUUUGGUGGAGCUUGUGUGCCCAUGCUUUCCGAUUGGCAUACAUUACCCAAAUUUAUAAUAGAUUCAGCUGCUGUGUCACUUUACAUACAUUUACUCUAAUGACGCACAUGCAGAUUAGGCUCACCAAUUCCAUAGGCAUUUAAUUGGCCUGUUUUUAUACAAUUCACACUAAUAUUGUACAACAUUAUGUCUGCAUUCCCUUCUUCAAGCAACAAUGGUUAUUUAUGUAACCGAGACAUUCUUAGUGAUUUAUUCCAGCCUCCUUUCACUAGUUCCACUAGAUUUUUCUUUAAAGCAUUGUAGCUUGGAUCUCUGUGAUCCACAAUGGGCCUUCAAACUUCACCAAGGCCUGUCAUCCCUCAGGCUCCUCUAGCUCUUCAAUUUUAAGACAUGUAUAAAAACAACAAUGAAAGCACAACAUCUGCUAAAUACUGCUUAGUGUAACGUACACUAAAUUUGCUUGUUUUUUUAAAUUUUACUCCAAUUUAAAUUGGAUUGUCAGAAAUACCAGGAGUACCCUAUUUAUGGAUGAUGCCAAUUCCAAAACAUUGCUUUUACACAUUAACAUCAUCAUUUUAUGUGCAAUGAUUAUGUGGCAAGUGAAACAUUCAGAUAGAUAUGUGUAUUUAUAGAUAAAGACCAAAAAACAAACUUGAUUGUUAUUAUUAUUGAUUGUGUUUGCUAUGUAUGUUGUGAUGUGUUCUUUGGAAUGUGUGAAUUUAUUUUACAUUAAUAUAUUCAUGAACAAAUAAGUUGUGUAACUAUUUUGUAGUCUAUAAUGAAUUUAUGAACACUUCAAAAUUAACCUGAUAUUCAAAAUUCCCACCUAAAAAUAGGCUACAGAGAUUUAAAUUGAGUAUUAGGUUGUGCAAAUGAAACAUACUGGAUUAAGUGAAUUGUGCCAAAAAGAGACCCUUGAUAGCACACAUACAUUGCAGAGACCUUUAUUGGACAUUUACAUAUGGAAAAUGUCUAUUAGGUCUACUUCCAGACAAUAAAUAUAUAUUUAGAAUAUGUCUUUGAGAUGUUUAAAACAUUCACACCGCAGACCUUUUAUGGAUACUUAUCAGACCUCUGAACACAGUGGAUGUUUUUAAGACCAAACGAUCUUUAAAAUACGUCUUGCAGGGGGGCAGGUCCCUUACACACAGUUCUUCUGCUAAGUUUAAAGAACAGCCUCAAUAUUAUUACAGUAUAAUUUUGUGUUUUGUUAAUGAAACGUAUGUAAUAAAUAGUUCUAUUAAAUCAAAAGUAAUUAUAUAUAAAUAUAUUUAUAUGUAUGUUGUAAUCUUGAAUGACGUUGAAAAGUAGCAGUAUAUGUCUUGUUUAAACAUUCUAUAUAUUUAAAUUGAAACAGACAGUAUCAUGCAGAAGUAGAAUACUACAUUCACUCAUUAACAAAUAGCGAUUCUUUGUUCUAAAAUAAAAUUCAUAUAUGACAUGGCUAUUUUGCCUAUACACCAUACUAGUUUAAACUAUUCUAGUAUGCAUUUUACUUUAUCAUGCAUGAUUACUUGGUUACGCAUGCUGUAAUUCUGCAUUUAUUCAGCACGGGCCUAAAGUCUGAAGCCACAGUGAUUUUGAGCCCAGGAUUGCUCACCCAUAACAGGACAAAGCUGACAUUGGAGCUGUUCAAGCACACUUUAACUCACUUAAUGCCCUUCUAAGUGUUUUUUUUUUCUUGAUCGACAAAAGUGUUAUGUUACACAUUAUAUUGUAUAGAACUUAGUCAGGGUAGGCGCCAUAUCAAAUGAGGUAGUGAAAUAUCACAGAGAUUGAUAUAGAAUUUACAAUGCCACCCACUAAAUAACAAUAUGGUCCUAAUAAACCAUUUUGUGCAUUAGGGCUUUUGUUUGCUGUAGAUUUUUGUCAAUUUGCUGGAUUAUUAUUUUAUUUUUUGCCAGUUGAACAAUUAUGUUUUCAAUUGUUCGACUGGUAAAACAAAAACAAAACAACCAAUAACAACAAAAUUCAGCAAUCUGACAAAUUCUCAGUGCCUUGUUUAAAUUCCUGUUAAAAAAUAAAAUAGUGCUACUUUAACUAAGGUCUAUUACAAUUAGUAUUUUUCAAAUCAUGUUAUAUUACUUCUUGUUAAAAAAAGAUGUUUCAUUGUUUAUUUAUUUCAUUGUAUAUGUAUUAUUAUUAUUCAGGCGACUGUUAUUAUUAUUAUUAUUAUU